AUUCAAACUAGAAAAAGAUAGAAAUUAAGUACGUAGUUUAUCUACAUUUGUGUCGAUUAAAAAGGGAACCUUUUUAACCGCUAUUUCCGGUUUGUCUCGUCCUUGUAUUAAAUUCGCCGUGCUGGACGUUAAAUAAGGAAGUAAACAAAAGUUAGGACUAGCUUCACGUUUCUGCUUUUCUGCUCCCAAAAUGUCUGCAACAACGCCGAGACAGACGUUUUUAAACCCGGUGAUCCCCUUCGCUGGGACGAUCCUGGGCGGGCUGUUGCCGGGGGAGAUGGUUCUCAUCCAGGGCUCGGUGCCGUCUGAUGCCGACAGGUUCCAGGUAGACUUCACGUGUGGCAGCAGCGUGAAGCCGCGAGCUGACGUGGCGUUCCACUUCAACCCGCGGUUCAGGAGGUCAGCGUGUGUCGUGUGCAACUCUCUGCAGAGCGAGCGCUGGGGCCGGGAGGAGGUCCUGCACGCCAAACCCUUCGCCGCCGGCGAGACGUUCGAACUCAUCGUGCUCGUCCUCAAAGACGCGUUUAAGGUGGCGGUGAACGGAGCUCACGUUCUGGAGUACAAACACCGCGUGGAUCUGGAUCGGGUCGACACCCUGUCCAUCUCUGGGAAGGUCCACGUGGGAGCUGUGGGCAUCCUGGCCAACACUGUGAGACACACACACACACCGCAUCCGCCACACCGGGUGAAUCGCCUCGCUGCCUCCAACGCCAACGCCUUCACCCCGGCCGGCCGGCCGACAGAAGCCUCCCACCACCACGGCCAGGAGGAGAUCGAACGCAUGCCCCCCAGUGUCUCAUGA